AUGUCCACCUCCAUCAGAGCUACCGACUACGACGGUGCCACCGCUUCCAACUCGACUGGCAUGCCAGCAUCGGCUUCGGCCUGCUCGCUCUCAGCGCACCGCCUCCCUGUCCCCUACCACCGCCGAUCAGACUCGGCCAACUCAUCAACCAGUAGCAACAGCAGCAACAGCACCGCCGUCGCAGGACUGAGCGCGCGCACCAACAGUCUCAAGCGUCUGGGCAGCGCCUCGCCCUCAAAGCAGCAUGCCGCCGUCCUCUUGGCAGCCAAGCGCGCCUCGAUGCGCGGUACGCCAUCAAAGGCAGCUCCGAGCUCCUUCGGCUCUUCUUCCUCCUCGUCUGGCUCUUCGUCAGCGCUCCCUGUGCCCAUCAUCGUCGCUCCUGCACCGACGCCGACUCCCAAGCCGAGUGCGUCUCGCUCGAUCUUGAUGGAGGACGACUACCAAGAGGAAGUCGUCGCCCACAUGCACAGCCUCGAGGCAAAGACGCUUCCCAACCUUGAGCUCAUGAACGCUCAGCCUGAGCUGCGAUGGUUCAUGAGGCCCUACCUGGUUGACUUCCUCCUUGAGAUCCACCAGACCUUCCGUCUUCGGCCUGAGACUCUCUACCUCACAAUGAACAUUGUCGACCGCUACGUCUCCAAGCGCAUCGUCUUCAAGCGCCACUACCAGCUCGUCGGCAGCGCAGCCCUCCUCAUUGCGACCAAGUACGAAGACGCCAAGGACCGAGUCCCCACCGUGGCCGACCUGAGCUCGAUGUGCUGCCAAGCCUACGACGAGUCCGCCUUCCUCCAGAUGGAGGGGCACAUCCUCCAGACGCUUGGCUGGCAGCUCGGUCACCCUACCGCUGAGGCAUGGAUGAGGAUGCUCUGCCGCGAGGAGGACGGACGCACCCAGAGCGUCGCGCGCUUCCUCAUGGAGCUUACCCUCUACCACCGCGACUUCAUCGGCGUAGCACCCUCAGUCAUCGCGGCCGGCGCGCUCAUGCUCUCUCGUUUCGUCUGCCAAAGCAACGUCACGCCCCUGGGCAUGCAGACGCAGCAGCAGCAGGCUGGUGCACGGGAGAUGACUACGUCGACUUGGAUGGGUGCAGAUGUCGACGAGGUUGCCUCCGUGGCGCAGAUGAUCGACGGCAUUGUCGCAGCCAACUUGCAGGAGAUCUCAGCCACCCUGGUCAAGAAGUACGGCUACCAGCACUUCUUCGCCGCCUCGACAGUGGUGCGCAGCUUCUACCUCACCAGGAUGGCGGCCCAAAAGGCGGCUGCAGCACGCCUGCUCCCUGCCCACUCCCUGCGCGAUGGUUCCGCCAAGCAGGCAGACGAGGAGGACAUCGACGCCGACUGCACCAUGGCUUCUUCAUCCUCGUCGUCUUUCUCCUCGGGCGAGUCCACACCCUCUUCCAUGGCUUCGACACCCUCACGCUCCCGCGACCAAGAGCUCAGCGACGAUGAUGACGAGGACGACGAUGAGGACAUGCCUGUCACGCCUCUCUCGCUCACUGCCCUGCACGAUCCCCUGGCGGCUGCGGCGGUCAACAUGGAGUCUCCCACCAUGGCUCGUGUAAAGGCGGCCGCUGCUCCCCACUACCAGCAGCAAGCAUCACGCCACGCGCCCAGCAAGAGCCUCCUGACCACCACCAGCACGCAGCAGCGCCCCUGCAUGUCGGGCAGCCAGUCCAUGCCUCGCCUGCCUAGCUUCCUGGCCGUCAACAAAGCAUCUCAGCCCCAGCACACCAAUCAGCCCACCCAGCAUCCCUCGGCAGCGAUGAUGAAGCCUUCGACCUCAUCAUCCUCCCUUCUCCCCACCUCACGUUCACGCUCUCGUCUGACCUUGAGGAACAAUCCCUCCUGGCAGACCUGA